AUGUCAGCUAUCCGGCGUAAGGACCUCACCAAUGGCCCAUCCUUCACCACAAUCCCCUAUCAUCAUACACCACAACAACAAUCACCAGGCUAUGAGACUGAUGAGCAACCUCAACCGCCAUCUCCCGGCUCUCAGCAACCUCAUUAUCUUCACCACCAACAGCCGCUUCCAGCUUUCGAAACUUUACCACCCAUCAAAACUGAGCCAAAGCCUAUGCCUGAACCUGCCCCAAAGGAAGCCAGUUUUGGUCCCGUGAGAGCCAAAAAGAAACCAGCUGGCUCCGCUUGUAACAGCUGUCACCGGUUAAAGACUCGAUGCUCAGGAGGAUAUCCGUGUGAUCGAUGUGCUGCUCACAAGGUUCCUUGCCAAUUUGAUCGAGAUCUGAUUUAUCGGUCACCUUUGGCGUCAUCCUCGCAACAAGCAUCUGCUCGUAAUACUCAAGUGCAAAAUAGCCCACACAACCCCAACGAGCCUAUGCCAGCCAAGACACCUCGUGCUCGUCCCAACAGCGGAAACAAAGCUGCUAGCAAGCGUGCUGCUACCCAACAACAGCAAGUACCAUCACCUUUGGCAGUCAGUGCUCUGCCAGCUCACAUCGAUGCCAGUCGAUCAACUCCUUCACCACCUGUACCAUACCGUAACAUACUCAACCCACAACAAACAUUGCCAAUGCGAGCUCAGCCUACCCCAUCAGCACGCAAAUUGCCUAAAUCCACUCUGAUCACGACCCCCGUUCCAUCUGAGGCGUUUUACGAACCAAACUCGUCGGCUUCCGCAGCCAUCAAUCAGUCAAUCUUACUUAGAUUAGCUGCGCUUGAAACCAACGUCUCCGGUCUCUUACAAGUCUUGCGUCCUGCCCAACUUCAUCAACAGUCCAAAUCUCAGCAGAGAAUGCGCGAACCUCCGACUCCCAUUCCGCCUACCUUGAUGGUGUCAAGCAAUUGCAGUAACGUUGGACCCGAAAAAGAUGGACAUCAUCCUUCAGAUUCGAAUGGAAGAGUUGGGUUUGCACCCGUUGGCGCCGGUGAUCCCCUCUCAGAGGGCUUGCUCAAUUCGCAGCAGGUCCAAUAUCUAUACGAUGUUUUUGUCGAUUGCUGUUUACCAAGCUUGCCAAUCUUACAUCGUGUUCAGCUAUCAAUGAUCCGAGCCCGAUCACCAUUCUUAUUUAGUACAAUGUUGACGAUUGGAGCCAGGUUCUGUUCAACUCAAGCUGUAUCACAAUCAACUGGCACAUUGAGCGUCCCUUCUUCACCAAAUCCUCUCGGACCAGGCGAUUCAUCAUCCAAGGUGAUUGUGGAUGAAACCACUUACAGUAGACUCGUAGGAUUGACAUAUCAACAUCUCUCGAGUACAUUGCUUAAACCAAGUCACUCCUUGGAUGACGUUCGGGCCAUCUUAUUCUUGGCUUGUUGGGCCUUGGUCUCGAAUGAGGACCCGGUUGGGGCUCCAAAUCGAUGGGUUUUGGUGGGUCAUGCCGGCAGAAUCGGUAGAUCAAUUGGACUAGACAGAGUCGUAGGGGACAUGAUGAGCAAUCUUGCUUCGAAUGGGAAUGGAGAUAGUUGGAAUUCACCUGAUCAACAAGAUCUCAAGCGUGACCAGCUGGAUGCCAUCAAGACUGAUUAUACGAUGCGUUCAAUUGAAGCUUUCCUGAGUACCAAUCUACGCAUAGAACCCACGCGAGACUUUUUUUCGCGAACCUCCUCAAGAUCAUCAAACAAGACAACAGAAAAUAUCGUACAAUUGGCGACUGGGUCCCCAUUUCAAUAUGAUGUUAUCAGUACGACACAGGUUCAAGCUAUGGCAGAACUGGCCGAAAUUUGGGCAUCUUCGACCACUUUUCUCUCAAUGGCCGACGAAUUUAAUCGAUCUAAACAUGGAUCUUCUUCUUACAAAAAAGAUGACUUAUUGAGUGAUGUAGAAUUGGCUGAACUUGGUGAAACUCACAAUUCAGCGUUGGAUGAUUGGGCUAAGAAAUGGACCUGGCAUGGAUCGGCUUGGGUUCCUUUACUUGGUAACAACCUACGUACACUCAAGCUUUUAUCUGAAUCGCUACGGAUUACUCUUAAUCUAGCCCUCACCAACGUCCUGUAUGGGUCGCUCAAUACUAGUUCACCCUCUCACCGAUUUCAAGAGCGAUUGUCGGUAGCCUUGGACAGAGUGAACGGUUCAUCUACUGCUGUCAUUCAAACUCACAGAGAUUCCGUGCGAGAAGGUUUCAGCCUUGCUUUCACGCCUGAUCUGAUCACGGAUGGACUAGUCUCCGCCGCUUUGACUGUCCUGCAGCUUGCUACACCUUUCAACAACCCACGCAAGCAUGAUGAUGCACGAGGUCCUAGUACUCCUACUUCAUCCGACGGAAAGGGCAAUGCUCCAGUGGAUGUAGAGAUGAGCGAUGUGACUACCACGACCAGUGGAAGCACAAAAGGCCGACAACUCAAUCAUCAAACAAGUCCAGUCAGUCCGCCACCGGUUGAAGAAAGCGGUACUGUCAUUGGAAAGAAGGCUUUGAUGGAACCUGCUGUAGCGGCUCACUAUAUCAGAAUGGCCACUGAUGUUUUGCGAGCGAGUGAUCGAUCUCAGACAAGAUUAGCGACUACAAUGGCUUCCAAAAUACUUUUACUGGGCGUUCGAGCUGGACUAUUGGGUGCACCUCAACAACAAUAUGUACCCCAACAACAGCCUCAUCAGCCGCUGCCAUCAUUACAUCUCGUUAAACCAAAGGAGCAGGAUGGAGCUGAGACUCCUCAGGUGGAGAGUGUUGAGAAAGGUCCAACUAGAGAAUCGACCGUCAGUCUAGAAAAAGAACCAGAAAGGGAGGCGGAGGUCGAGGUGGAAAUGCAGGCUGAAGAACAUGAUGAAGCAGACAUUGAAGAGGAGGAAGAAGAGGAAGAAGAAGAGGAAAUACAACCUGGUGAAAGAGAAGUUGAACAUGAGGAAGAAGAAGAUGAGGAAGAGAUGGACCAAUGA